CUCCUACCAAGGACAAAAUCUCUUUAUUUUUAUUUCUGUAAGCCUGAAAGAUUCGAAAACUCCAGAAGAAGAGGUUAGCGAAUCUCGAUGUUCUGCUCAGCGUAUACACCAAGUUGCAUUUCUCAGUUUCAUGUCAACAAGCCCGUUUUUCGGAAACCGAGGUUUCGUGUUUGUUCAUCUACUUCUAGCGAGAGUGACAGGUUCAAAGUAGAGUACACUCCGUGGCUUAUCGUAGGAUUGGGUAAUCCAGGGAACAAGUAUCACGGAACACGACACAAUGUUGGUUUCGAGAUGAUUGAUAAGUUGGCUAGAAAAGAAGGUGUUUUGAUGAACACAAUACAGUCUAAAGCUCUAAUCGGAAUAGGUGCUAUCGAAGAGGUUCCUAUCUUGUUGGCUAAACCUCAGACUUAUAUGAACUUCAGCGGUGAAGCGGUUGGAUCGUUAGCUGCACAUUAUCAAGUACCAUUGCGCCACAUUUUGCUGAUAUACGAUGAGAUGGCUUUACCAAAUGGGGUCAUGAGACUUCAACCCAAAGGAGGUCAAGGCUAUCACAACGGAGUAAAGAGUGUAAUGGGGAAUUUGGACGGUCGUAAAACCUUUCCUCGACUAAGCAUAGGCAUUGGUCAGCCACCUGGAAGCAUGGAUAUGAAAGCUUUUCUUCUUCAGAAGUUUAGUCCAUUGGAACGGAAACAGAUUGAUGAAGCACUCGAGCAAGGGAGUGAAGCUGUGAAGACCCUUGUGCUAAGUGGAUUCAGUGAAGGAAUCUCAAGGUUUAAUCUUGUGCAGAAGUAUAAAUUCCACAAAGUAUGAAAUGCAUAAAUUGACGAGGGAUACAGAUUGGUUUAGCAUUUUGAUUUUGUUGUAAAACAAUGUACUAAUAGGGAGGAUUACAAUUGAAUCAUAUUAUCUGAUUAAUUUUAACAGUGCAAGAGGGUAA